GCUGGCCUUCUCCAGGGCCUGCAUGAUCUUCGCAGUGACUCUUGUUAUGUGAAGCCCGACCACGCCACAUUAAGCCGCUCCUGUCAUGACCAAAUCCCGAACGCCCACUGUUCGGGAUUUGGUCGUAAGCCAACAAUGGCUGAUUCAUCCCGCCUGGUCCCUUUGCGACUAACGGGCGAUCCACGCUCUAUAUAUCAGACCACUCUUUCGGGCCCUGACUGCAUUUGAGAUCGGUAUUCCCCGUGGUCGAUGAGAAGACGGGGAAACUUUGACGAUUGCACUGUUCGGCACCACGGAGCGAUGCGCAUCCCGACAGUCUUCGUUUGCGGGCGAUUGUAGUACGCUCUCCUCCAAAGGGCUGCAUGAACCAGGCCGACAAAGAUUCGGGCCUUGCCAACGUACUCUUAACGCCCGUACGUUGACCGAUGAAUUUCUCGGAAUUCAUCAUGGUUUUGGACCAAGUUGAACACCAGGGGAAUCUUAAUGGUGUCUCAGCAGUGACACAGUCUAUCACGUCGAGGCCCACUGUUGUCCGCAAGAAAUUCGCAAAGCCGCCAGUCAAGGUAGCCUGUUUAGCUUGUCGUGCUUCGAGGACUCGUUGUGAUGGACAGGAUCCUUGCGCCAACUGUCUUAGCAAGAAAAGAAAAUGUUCCUAUCUGCCAAGUAAGCGUGGGGGUCCAAGGAAGAAAAAGAAGGCCCCCAUUCCAGCAGAAGACAUUGUUCAGCAAAAACAAGGUGAUGUCGAGAACCCUGUUCUCACACCAGUGACCCCAGAUUUUGAGGACGCCCUAUUCGGUCAGAUCGAUGUGCUUUCAACCCCUGGUGCUGGGCUCAGAAACUUAGACUUUCCAUCGGAUGUUCAAUCACUGUUUGCAGGUCUAUUCGCUCCGAAUGAUGGCGGUAACACUCAGGUUCAAAUGGAACCUACCCCAUCCUCAUCAAGCGCAUCGUCACCAUCCGUAGUCAGGACAUACGGCAGUGAACACGAAAUAUUAAAUGCUUAUUAUGAUUUCAUUCAUAACUAUUUUCCGAUACUGCCACCGAGAGUAGCACCCGCUUCCGUUGACAGCCCCUUGGAUGGCGUUGGCUCCUACUUAGAAUCUCCCACCGAGGAACCAGCUAUCGUUUAUCAACCUCGUUCUCCGCUCAGUCUGGCAAUAUCUGCCGUUCUAGCACUAGUGCCUCACUCAAAUGACUCGGAUCCGUCAUCCGCUAACUCAAUCAUCCGACGCCGGACAUUUGCGCAUGCCUUCGCACAAAUGGCUAAUGCUAGCAUCGAAUCCGAUUGUGAACUUCAUGCUUCCCCGUCAAACCCCUUUGAAUCUCCGGGCAGUGAUCGCCAAUUAAUCAAUCGAGAAUCAUUUCACCCUCAAACUCCCGUAGAGCUUGAGAGCAUUCUUGCGUUGUUAAUACUUUCUGUGUACGAAUACACCCAGCGUGGGAAUCUCCUAAAGAUGAGGUACCGUGCUGGCCAAGCGUUGGCAAUAGCAUUAGACAUGUCCCUGCAUUCUCUUGGGGAAGAGUAUGAUGGAUUUGCGGAGGCUCGAAGGAGGGCAUGGUGGAUGACGUACUACUGUGUCCUUCAAGGCUCGAUUGUUAGUACGACACCUCUUUCCAUCGACGCGAAUGACCCGCAGUUCGUUACGCCUUAUCCUAGGUUUGCUGCCGAUCCCGAUGGCUGGUCUAUUUUGAUCCAAUCUCAGCAAAUACUGGUAACGGCAACUCAAUUCGUCAUCGAUCUUAAGAAAUGCAUUCCUACGGGGACCAAUAUGCCAUACAUUUCUGAGAGCAUGCAGCGACUUGACACGUGGUCGAACACAAUAUUGUCGCAAUCGAACCUCCCUGCGUUGGUUUCUCGGACUGUUGAUGGUAAUCUACCCGAGCAUACAACAGCGCAGAGUAUCCGUGCGAUAUCAAGGAUAAAGCUGUCAAGUUCCCAGAUCAAAAUCCAUCGCUUCAGAGCAUUCUCAGACAUCCCGAUAUUCCUUAAAAGGCACUGUGAUCUAACCGCAGCUAAUUCAUCGGAGCCGGCAUCGAAAUGCGCCCCUAAAGGCUCAAAGCCUUCGGGUGAGAUUUCGAAUAUUGGCUGCUCUUGUACUAGUUUGGAUCAAUUCAAACAUUCAUCCUCGAGCGAGUACGCGCCGUCAUCUACAUCGUCCACAUCGUCCGAGUUUCAAUCCUUACCUCAGUACUCGUUCAUUGACGAAUUUCCUUAUACCAGCCAACAUUCAGCAAGGGUUUGCUUGAGGGCGUCCUUAUUAAUAUCGCACAUGUUUCAAAGUUUACCUGUGCCUCAACCGCUCACUGGCUGCAAUAGCCCGCACCAAGCACUGCAAUCUCUACCUCUGAACCAGUAUCCAAGAACUAUGCCGUCAUUUGCGUGUUGCCUAAUGCAAGGCAGCUAUGCCCUUCUGAUGAUAUUCUAUCAAACGAAUUUGGCAAAUCAGGUGCCGACGGAAUUCGGAAACAAUCAGGCCAAUGCCCCGUCUGAUAGAUUCACAGAAGAACUCCGUCAAGGGCUUGAACGGAUUAUUAACGCCAUCUCGAAUUAUACCAUUUCUUAUGAGGCAUUAAAUGGAAUGAAAGACGACAUUCAAGGUGCAUAUCAUACGGCGUUCUUACAGGGGUAGAUGAUAACCUCUGCUGCAUUUGCAUAUUGGACAUUCUGCGGUGGGUGAUAUUGAGACCUCGCAAAUGGGGCUAGGCUAGUAAUGAUCGAAGCUAUUAUAUAUUAAUACCUAUUUUCUUGGUUGUCAUAUACCCCACUACUGAGUUGGUUUACAUUGAUUUGCAUCCAUCCGGAGUGUACAUAAGCGGGUCAUGCGUAGAUCUAUCGGUUUUUGCUUAUAUUGAUAUUCAAAGUUCUGCUCCCUCACUUUAGAAGAUAACGUAUUUCAUACUCUAUUAGUUUAUAUAUUCAUGAUAAAAAAUUGGAUACAACCCAGCAA